ACAAAUCCAGGAACAGAACAAAAACAAGUAUUGGAAUUUAAUUGAAUCAAUGACCAAGAGUACAAAAGUGGACAUAAUCAAUCAAUUCUAGGCAACAGAAAAGUUGCCUCUGGCAUGAUUUCAUCCAUUCAACCGGAAAAAGAAGAUAACAGAGACAUUAAUUGCAUGAUGACUUCUCCCCUAAGAAGCUAUACCUAUCAUCUUCUAUAUAUGCCCAGUAUUGCUACGCACCUUUUGCCCCAGAAAGAGAGGUGACAGGAGAAACAAUGGAAUUAUCUAAUUCCUGCAUUACAUUUCUUGCCAUCUCCAUUAUAUUCAUCUUGAACUUACUCAUAAGAAAACGGGCAUUGCAGAAAAAGCAACCUCCAAGCCCACCUUCACUUCCUCUCAUAGGCCACCUUCAUCUUCUGAAAGAACCACUCAAUCAGACCCUACAAUCACUUUGCACCAAGUAUGGUGACAUCUUGCUUCUCCGGCUAGGUGUCCGUAAGGUCCUUAUUGUCACCUCACCUUCAGCAGCCGAAGAAUGCUUCACCAAGAAUGAUAUUAUAUUCGCUAACCGUCCAAAAACCAUGUCGUCCAAACACUUCAGCUACAAUUACACCACCAUCAGUGUAGCCCCUUAUGGAGAUCAUUGGCGCAACCUUCGCCGUUUAGCAGCACUGGAGAUAUUCUCUCCAGCUCGAAUGGCCUCGUUUGCCAGCACGCGAAGGAAGGAACUAAUGCUGCUGCUAAGUGAACUGAUGCAAAAGUGUAGUGUUGGUGGAGGAUCAGCAAAGGUGGACUUGACUUCCAUGUCUGCUGAGAUUACCUUCAAUAUCCUGUCCAUGACAUUGGCCGGAAAGAGAUAUUAUGGAGAGAAUGCGGCGGAUGAUGAAGAGGCUAGGAAGACAAAGCUUCUGAUAAAGGAGAUGCUUGUGAAUAGUGUAAGGUCAAAUCUGGGGGAUUAUUUGCCUAUCUUGAGGUGGAUUAAUUAUAAGGGAGUGGAGCAAAAGUUCUCAACUUUGAUGAAAAGGGUUGACAAAUUUAUACAGGAUUUGGUAGAUGAACGUAGGCUACGUUUAUCAUCUACCAGUUCUAUAAAUGUGAGCCGUGGACAGGCAGAGAAGACCACCUUGAUUGAUCACUUGCUCUCCUUACAAAAAGAGGAACCUGAAUACUAUACAGAUCAGCUCAUAAAAGGGAUUGUAAUGGUGUUGUUGAUUGCUGCAACAGAUACAGUAUCAAUAACCAUGGAAUGGGCCAUGGCUCUGCUCCUAAACCAUCCUGAGGCUAUCAAGAAGAUCAAAGCUGAAAUAGAUGAUCAUGUUCCGGAUAACAGGCUACUAGAAGAGCAAGACUUGCCAAAGUUGGCUUACCUACAAAAUGUAGUCAAGGAGACCCUGCGUUUGUAUCCACCAAUUCCAUUUAUGAUCCCUCAUGAAGCCUCUCAAGAUUGUACAGUGGCAGGUUAUUAUGUAUCAAAGGGUACAAUGUUGCUGGUGAAUUUGUGGGCUAUUCAUAGAGACCCCAAGCAGUGGGAGAAUCCAACAAAGUUUAUACCAGAGAGGCAUGAAGGGAGGAGAGUGGAUGAGUAUAGUCUAAUGCCAUUUGGUGCCGGAAGGAGGGGUUGUCCGGGGGCAGGGCUGGGAACUAGGAUUCUGGAAUUGGUGUUGGGGACACUUGUUCAGGUAUUUGAGUGGGAACGAACCAGUGGAGAGUUAGUGGACAUGACUGAAGGUAAAGGGUUCAGCCUUCCAAAACUCAAGCCAUUGGAAGCUAUUUGCAGACCUCGACAAGCCGUAGUUCAGCACUCUCUUGUACGCUUUUGAAUUUUGUCUGUUGAAAUUAAAAGGUGAAUCUUGGAAUCAGAAAUGAUUGAAUAAGGCAAUUGUUUUAGCUUGUAACUAGCUCAUCGGACGAAUAAGAUUUGAUCCGUUCAA